GUGAGGUCACCCACCAGGUGUGCCUCAGUUUCCCCAGUCCCCCCUGUGAGGUCACCCACCAUGUGUGCCUCAGUUUCCCCAGCCCCCCUGUGGGGUCACCCACCCGCCGUGCCUCAGUUUCCCCAGCCGUGCCUCAGUUUCCCCAGCCCCCCCCCGUGAGGUCACCCACCAUGUGUGCCUCAGUUUCCCCAGCCCCCCCGGGGCCACAUCCCCUCCCGGCCCCAGGAGGGCGCAGCCAGCCGGGGCUGGGGCUCCGUGCGGGAUUAACGCCGAUCCCCCCGAUUAACGACACCGGGACGGCGGCACCGGCAGGCGCAGCUCACUAAUCCCAGCUUAGCUGGCUGGGGGGGACGGGCCGGGGGGGACGGUGUGGGGACGGCUUGGGGACACGGUGGCCCCACAGGACAGCCCCUCCAGCCAAAGGCCACACCACGAGCCCAAACCUGCUCCGCCAGGCCAGGCGUGGCACACGGGGCACGCAGCGGGGCACGGAGGCAGCAGCCCCUGCCCCAGCCUGGGGGGGCUGCAGGGCAGCUGGGGACGGGGGGGGGACACACGGGCACUCUGGGGUCCCCUGAGGACAGCGGCUCCGCUCCAGGCUGGCUCUGCCAUCACCGCCACGCGCCCACUCCGGCUGCUCCCCCAAUCCCUGCAUGGACCCCGAGGGGGCUCAGCCCCCCGGCCCCUCAUGGGGAGGGGGCUCAGCCCCCCAGGACCAGCCCUGGGGGCUCUGCCAGCCUCAGGGCUGGGCCGUGCCCAUCGUGACACACCCUGCCCCGUGCCAUGUGCCACGCCGUGUGCCGGCAGCUCCCACGCCGUGCCCAGGUGGGCACGGACCCCUCGGCCCGGCCGCUCGGGGGGCGGUGGGAAGGGGGGCGCGGGGCUUUCACAAUCCCGGGCCGGCUGUUUAUUUAAGUGCUGGCGCGGGGCCCGGCGGGGGCUGUUUAUUUGCCGAGAGUGCUGGCUCCCGGCCCCGCGGAGGCGGAAAAGGAUCCAGAGGAACAAGGCUGGGCCGCCCGGCAAGGCGCUGGGGAGGGGCCGGGAUGGGCAUGGCCCUGCCCGCCCCCCCAGCACCCAGCUGGGAGCAUCCACUACAGGCAGGACCCCCCUUCCCACCCACCCCAGCACCCACUGGGAAGCACCCAUGGGUGGGCACUCCUGUCACCCAUAGGGUGGGCACCCAUCAGUGGCUGGGUGAGGAUCACAUCCCCCCCAGCCCAGCAGUGAGCGUGGCAUUCCCAGGGCACCGUGCUGGACACCAGCUCAGCACCAUCCUGGGGGCAGCCCUCGCGUGGGGGGCACACAUGGCACUGCAGGGACCCCGGCCUGAGCGUGGGGGACUGCCCAUGGCCCCCCCCAAACCCCGGCCAGGCCGUGGCCCCCCGAGUUGUGCUGGCCGGGGGGAGCCAGGGGAGGGAGGCGCGGGAAGAACUGUUUAUGUUUGCCGGUGCCAAGUGCUUGCCGGGCACCGUGCCAGCCGUGCCGGGGCCCAAUUACUCAACCCGCUCAGGCCCCCCCACACGCGCCGCCGGCCAGGGACCGAGCGAGGCCAACGCCGCUGGCCUGGUCACCGUGCACCCCAAGAACACCCCUGACACUGCUCCACACAGCCAGAAGUGCCCAGGAGGGUUUGGGGAUCAUGGCCAGCCUUGCUGCCGUGGGUCCGGGUGGGCAGGAGGAGCUGCUGCCCAGAGCAGCUCCCCUGGGACCAUGCGCUGCCACAGCCCCCAGCACACAGCUGGGUGUCCCCAAAUUGGGGUUCUGGCUGUUCCAAAUGGGGGUCCUGGGUGUUCUGCACCCCAGAGCCCCCCCGGUCAGCAGCGUGGGGUCACCGUGCAGCCCCCUCGGCAGGGCCCGUGCUCUCCCGCCCCAACGCCUUUUCCUCCAGUCCCCGCAGGAGCUGGACGAGGCCCGGAGCUUCCUGGAAUCCAGCGCCUCGUUCCAGCCCCGUGGAAAACGUUGCUGCGGGGCCCGGGCCAAAUGCAGCCACGAGGAACCUCCCACCCAGGCCGGGGGUGGCCCCCGGGAGCGGAUGGACAGACGCACGGACACGCAGAGCAGAGCAUUCCCAGGGCCAGCAGCAGUGCGGGACAUAAUCUGGGGGGCCAUGGCUGGGGGGGACACAGCUGCCCAAGCCACCAUCCCACUGCGACCCCAAAGAGAGCACAAAGCCCUCUACGAAAACGCGUGCACACCCAGACAGGCCAGGCAGCACUGGCACAGUCCCCCAAGAGACCCCUCCCAAAAAGGCAGCCCCCCCAGCGUGACCCCCCAGGCUGGGCUCAGCACCCACAGCCACAUCCAGCACCAACCACAGAGCCACCAGGG